CUCUUGCUAAAGGAGGAGGAGAAAAAUCUUUUAUUAAGAUUAAACCAUUUAGAGGAGAUGGUACUGAAGAUCUUGUUGAUUGGAUUAAUGAAUUUGAACGAGCUACUAUUGCCAAUAACUAG